ACCCUUCCUUGCAUUAUGGAUUACUUUUCAAGGUCAAAGGAGUCAUUUUACUCUAUUGAUUUUUGUAAGAACCUGGUAGCUGCCAUUGCAGGUGCUGGAAUUCCAUUGAUAUUACCAGGUAGAGAAGUAUUUGUUUCAGUUAGUUUCCAUAAACUUGGUUCUUUAAAGCACAUCUAUUUAAGAUGACUGAUGCAGAGAUAUUGGCUUUAACAGCAAAUCUUGGAGAAUCAUGUUACAAUUCCUUGUCAAUGUUUCAUGUAGAAAAGAAAAUAGGCAUGGGACAGUUUAGUGUGGUUUAUAGGGCUAGGUCCAAAAUAGAUGAAACAGUAGUAGCACUAAAGAAGAUUCAGAUAUUUGAAAUGAUGGAUGCCAAAGCAAGGCUGGACUGUAUGAAAGAAAUUAAUUUGCUGCAGCAAUUGAAUCACCCCAACAUAAUAAAAUAUUUAUCAUCUUUUAUUGAAGAUAAUGAAUUAAACAUUGCUUUGGAAUUGGCUGAUGCUGGGGAUUUAUCUCGUAUGAUUAAGCACUUCAGGAAACAGCGACGCUUGAUUCCAGAGAGAACAAUUUGGAAAUAUUUUGUUCAACUUUGUAGUGCUAUUGAACACAUGCAUUCAAAAAGAAUAAUGCACAGAGAUAUAAAACCUGCCAAUGUUUUCAUUACUGCUCAAGGAGUGGUAAAAUUGGGUGAUCUUGGUUUGGGCAGAUUUUUUAGUUCGAAAACCACAGAUGCGCAUUCACUUGUUGGUACUCCAUAUUACAUGAGCCCAGAAAGAAUUCAUGAACAUGGCUACAACUUUAAAAGUGAUAUAUGGUCUUUAGGUUGCCUGCUCUAUGAGAUGGCAGCUUUGCAGUCUCCUUUUUAUGGAGAAAAGAUGAACCUCUACACUUUAUGCAGAAAAAUUGAAGUUUGUGAUUAUCCACCAUUGCCAUCAGAUAUAUAUUCUCAAGAGCUUCGAGACCUCAUUGCAGUGUGCAUUAAUGCUAAUCCAGAUGAAAGACCUGAUAUUACACAUGUACAUAAUGUUGCUCGACAUAUGCAUGCCCAGACCCAGAUAGCUGGAAGUGCUGUUUCAAUGUCUAGGGAGCAAGUAGCCCUCUAUACCAAAUCAUCACAAGAUCAAAGUCCUCAAAGAAUGGCCACAACUCAGUGAUAACUACAACUCAAUUUAAUGUAAACCUUUUCCUUUCUAUAAUAUACUGAGAAUUCCUAUUGGGACCACAUAAGAAUACUGUAACAAGGACUAAAUUGGUUUCGUGGUGAGUUUCUGAAGUUUUUUAUAUAUCUUAUAAAUUUGUAAGAACAGUUGUCUGAAUACUAUACCUUAUAGUAUUAUAUUGUAUCUUGGCACUAAAGAGAAAGAAUUUGUGAGAAUUUAUAAAACGCACAAAAAUUGUGAAUUGCAAGUAUUGUGAAUAUAUUAUACUGUUCGCAGAGUACUCAAUUUUAGAAGUAUUACUGAAUUUCUAGUUAGUGUGAACACUUCAAUUUUUUUUAUUAAAGCAAUGUGAUUUAUGAGUUGUAGGUAAUAUUAUAAGAAAAAAUAAGGGUAAGAAAAAGAUUUUUUGAAAUGUAAAUAACAAACAAUUUAACUGAAAGUUGUCAAUGUAAAUUGCCAAAUGUUGAUAAAAUUAAUAAAAGAUUCAUGAAAAAAUAUCAGGAGAGACCAAACAAAAUGCAUUUCAAAAGUUAAAAAGGAAUUCCUUCUCUUAGUUUCAAAAUUUGUGAGUUAAUCAUUUAUUUGUCACUCUUUAUAAGCAAUUGGAUGUAAAAAUUGUAUUAACCUAUUGUCUUCUUCAGAACAUAUAGUUUUUACCAACAUUAGGCAUUUGGUCUUGCUUUGUGGAUGAGUCUUUAUACUUGAACUAUAAGAAAUAUGAAGACAUUGACAAAAUACAAUUGUACCAAAGAAGUGUGAAAUAAUAAUUUAUUUUUCUUUUAAUAACAUUGUUUUCAUGUCAUGUAUUUAAAGAGAAAAAAAAGUUUCCCCUCCUCUUGUAACUUACAACCUUUGUGUUAAACAAUAAAUACAGUUGACUCGAGUUAUAUUGAACUUCUGGGGACUAACAUUUGUGGUUAACUACAUCCAAUGAUGUCAAAAUUAAAUAUAAUUACUUCACAAUUAUUGCUUUUAUUAAUAUAGAGAUACAGCAAAAUACAUUAACAGCAAGAACUGAAAAUUUCAAUUUUUAUUUGGCUUUUAAAAUCUCUAUUAUUUUCAAUUGUUUGCUUACAUUUUUCCAUUAUUAAUUUCUCUAGAUCAUUCUCCAGCUCUCCAUACUUGGUUCUGCAUUGUCCACUGGUCUGUUAGUAUCGUAAUGCAAUUUUGACAC